AUGCUCAAACUACUUUUCUGGUUCUUAGUCAUCUUUGCUCCAAUCACAGUUUUUGCUAAAAACAAGACGCACAAGUUGAAUUCAAUUCUAAAAGAAGUUGGACGAAGAUAUGUGGUUCAGGACAUAAAUGAGAAAGUUCUCGAUGGUGAAGACAAUACACAUUUGUUGAAUUCAUCAAAAGAAGCUUCAGAUUUGGCCGUUUCUGAUUCGAAUCAUAAUUGGGAAUUAGAACCGGAUGAGUUUGUCAAAGAAUUCAAAAAUAAGUGGGUGGAAUCUCUUACGCAGAAUAUUCGUUACUCUUCCUCUAUUCUGAAUCUAUACUGGGGAGAUCGGGCGAAAAAUAUCAUGAAUGUCGAGCUCGAUGACAUGGUUGCGAAUAUUUGUGACUCCGAAGUCAAGUUUAACAAAGUACAAUUCGAUAGAUACAUUUACAAACAACGCAAAUAUUACGAAGAGGUGACCGAGAGUACACCGUAUUCUUCCGAAGUUUUUGCAACGGGCAAAAGUACUAUCCAUAUGAUAUUUCGCAUUGAAUUGACCCAUCGGAUGGGAUAUAAGACAACUAUUACUUGGAAUAUUAUAGCUCGAAUUUCAACAUGGGUAAGCGUAAAUGGAUACGACAGGAAUUUCAAAAUAGCUAAUGUCACAAUCGGAGGUGGAUGUACGGAGUUUGGAGUUUUGAAUUUAAAUCACACAGAUUUAUUGGAUCGUGAGAACGCGUUGCAAAAACUGAAAAAGGAAACCAAUCCAGAAGUAAAAGCACUUUUCGACCUAUUCACACCGUCCUACAUGAAAUAUUACGAAGACUUUGAGAAUAAGAUUCCCAAGGUGUGGAUGCAAGGAUUUGAGAAGAGUCCAAGGAAUUUGAGAAUCACGGUUUGUGAUCAAAGGGAAGUGCAUCAGUCUCCUCGUUAUUCAGAAACACAAUUCCGUUCCUGGUACAAAAGAUUCGGACAGAUGUGGCAUCCGAAAAAGGGUGACAAAGAUUAUAUAAAGGUUCAAGUGUUGGAAGCAAACGAUGCCGGAAUAACAGCCAGAGUUACAAUGAGAUUGCAACCCGGUGCAAAUGAAACAGCUCUAACUUACGAUUUCGAUUUUAAAAUGGGAAUCCAAUUUAACGUCGGAUGUACCAAUCGAUGGACUGUUACAUGGUUGGACGUACUAUGUCAACCGCAUAUAGAUUUUAUGGAAGAGAACUACUUAUCAAUGCGUGGUCUUUUUAUGAAAGAACUGAUAAGCACUUACGAGGAAGAGGAUAACUGGUAUACAGCUUUGAAUGUUUUGAAGAAAUUCGAAAAGGAUCCAAUAACCACUUCUGUGUGUUUCCUUCCAACUGAUGUCAGAGAGGCUAAAAACGGUGUUUUCACAAACGACGAGCUAAUUUUACCGGCUGAAGAAAAGCAUACGUUCUCUGUAAGAUUUGCUUUGGGACAUCCUAGUACUGAAGAUAAGCCUACUGAACCUAUUGUUGGAACUAGAUGGGAGUUUCAAAUACAAUGGGACAAGAACGAUCAAUUCUACUACAUCUAUCACAUUGUAAUUGGGUGCGUCGACCGAAUUAAAAGCGAUGGAACAUUCAUGCAAAUACGGAGAAGAAUCAAUCUUGGUUUACAAGUUAUUGGUUGA